AUGACAUCACCGUCGGGUCGCGCAACCCAGCCAGCCAGCGGUACUCGGCUCACAACACAAGGCACCAACUCGUAUCCUCAGACCCAGCCAGCCAGCGGUACUCGGCUCACAACACAAGGCUCCACCAGUCCUCGUAUCCUCAAACCCAGCCAGCCAGCGGUACUCGGCUCACAACACAAGGCUCCACCAGUCCUCGUAUCCUCAAACCCAGCCAGCCAGCGGUACUCGGCUCACAACACAAGGCUCCACCAGUCCGUAUCCUCAAACCCAGCCAGCCAGCGGUACUCGGCUCACAACACAAGGCACCAACUCGUAUCCUCAAACCCAGCCAGCCAGCGGUACUCGGCUCACAACACAAUGCUCCACCAGUCCUCGUAUCCUCAAACCCAGCCAGCCAGCGGUACUCGGCUCACAACACAAGGCUCCACCAGUCCUCGUAUCCUCAAACCCAGCCAGCCAGCGGUACUCGGCUCACAACACAAGGCUCCACCAGUCCUCGUAUCCUCAAACCCAGCCAGCCAGCGGUACUCGGCUCACAACACAAGGCUCCACCAGUCCUCGUAUCCUCAAACCCAGCCAGCCAGCGGUACUCCGCUCACAACACAAGGCUCCACCAGUCCUCGUAUCCUCAAACCCAGCCAGCCAGCGGUACUCGGCUCACAACACAAUGCUCCACCAGUCCUCGUAUCCUCAAACCCAGCCAGCCAGCGGUACUCGGCUCACAACACAACAACACAAGGCUCCACCAGUCCUCGUAUCCUCAAACCCAGCCAGCCAGCGGUACUCCGCUCACAACACAAGGCUCCACCAGUCCUCAGUGGAGCGUUUCUGAAUAAGGACCCAGUUGCACCGCCCUGCCGCGCCUUAUACCGCCCCCACAUCCUCACUGCCCCGCCCCAUCCCCCGACCCGCGCCACUGCCCCGCCCCAUCCCCCAGACCCGCACCACUGCCUCGCUCCACUGCCCCGCUACCUCCCAAUACUAUAG